AACAUUUAUAAAAGUUUAGCGUUUAAUUUGUUUUUGAGUCAGCAACCAUGAGUUGCCGAGCGAAUUAUGCGUCUAAAUCAAUAAAAUUCCAACCGAUGCCCAUGGCGGCAUUAAUUGCUAACUUGAAGACGCUGCCAGCGAUGUUAGACAGACGCGAUUCGAGUGAUUUUUCGGACGACAGUAGUUGUUCAUUCGAUGUGUGCUCAAAGAAGACCCGAUCAAAGACGGUGUGCACGAACUCUAAGAGUAGUGAUAAAGUUCCUUUGUCUGAGAAUCGCAGCGCAGUGAAAGAUCCCGCCGAGAAAAAGAUAGAAAGUACACCGAGUCAAGCGGUGAGAGCUAGUAACAAGGAGAACGUGUCUCGGUCCAGCAAGGCGUACAGGUUCCCUGGGGUGGACGUGCUGCCGACGAUCGAGGCUUCCACGUCGCAGCCUGUGACUGUAGAAAGCCUUCAGAAUGCUCAAAAACAUGCUCCGGUUGUGGAGAAGAAAGAAAUUGCUCGGUGUCUUUUUCCAGAACCAGCUAAAGACCCACCUCCCCCAAUGGCACCACCUACACCAAGGGAGGUUCCCAUUUUCCGCGCAAUAAUACACCCACCCACCGAAGACACAGCUGACUCUCACUCACAGUCCACCCAGUUACCGACGCAGACACAACCUACCCUACCGACACAACAGACACACUUGUCACUGCCGACACAUGAGGCACAGACACCGUCUGUGACAGCGACUCCAUCACAGCCCGCAGGCCCGAAAAACCAUGCCAAAAUACAGUUCAAGACAAUCAAUAUAAAGGGAAAGAAGUAUAUGAUCCUUAAGAAACUUGGUACUGGAGGGUCCAGUGAGGUGUUUAAGGUAUUAGAAAUCAGCACGUCACACGAGUUCGCAGUGAAAAUCGUGGACAUGGCGACGGACCGCGAGAUGGCGCAGGGGUACUUGAACGAGGUGAAGCUGCUGCGAGACCUGCAGAAGAGCGACCGAGUCAUCAAGUUAUACGAGUAUGAAUACGACCGAGCGAACAACUUCCUCCGGUUGCUGAUGGAGGCGGGCGAGACGGACUUGGCGUGCUUCCUGCGCGCGCACCGCGACGGCGCGCCGCCCGCGCUCGUGCUGCACUACUGGGAGGAGAUGCUGCGCGCCGUGCAGCAGAUACACCACCAUGGAAUAGUCCACGCCGACCUGAAACCGACCAACUUCCUGCUAGUAUCCGGCCGGCUGAAGCUGAUCGACUUCGGCAUAGCUUCGGCCGUGUCCGGCGACGCGACCAGCGUGGUGCGCUCCUGCGGGAAGGGCACCUUCUCGUACAUCAGCCCCGAGGCGCUGGGCGGAGAGGGAGACCAUCCCUUCAAGGUCUCGUUUUACUCCGAUGUGUGGUCACUGGGCUGCAUCCUGUAUAGCCUGAUAUACGGACACACGCCCUUCGCGAACCUCGCCACCGUGGCGAAACUGGCCACCAUCAGAAACCCCAAACAUACCAUCGCGUACCCGCCUGUUGAUUGUAUACCCCCAUCUCUCAUCACAGCGCUCCGAAGCUGCCUCCGCUACGACGCCCACAGCCGCCCCACGGUCACGCAGCUGCUACAGAUGAGGCACCUCCAAUACAACACGCGGGCCUUACCCGAGGAGUUACUGGACAAGUUGAGGCAUGCCGUGACGCAGGACGAGUUCACGUUACUACAGAACGCUAAGGUGUAUGAGGAGUGA